AUGGCGGAGAAACGAAAUAGAGUUCGUUAUUUGACUGAGGAGGAAAUCCAAGCUCUUCUUGCAGAAAGUGAUGGAGAUUUGUCAGACAUUGAUGAUCCUGAUUUCCUUGAGAGUUUCGAACCUGAAAGUGAAGAUUCUGCUCCUGAAGAAGUUAUUACUCCUGUAGAGAUAAUACCGGAUUCCCCAAAUAGAAAAGGAAUAAAAAGAAAGAGGAACAAAUCAGUUUGGAACAAAUCUGCAUUUUCUAGUGAGAACUUGGAUGACAUUCCCAAGGCACCAACAGAUGAUUCACAUCAAGGAGAACCUUUAAAUCCUACUGAAUAUUUUUAUAAGUAUUUUCCUGAAAGUUUUUGGGAUGAGUGUGCAAAACAAACCAAUAUUUAUGCAUAUCUCAAAAAAGGUGAUCGUUUCAAGAAAACAGAUGCAACAGAAAUUAAAAUAUUUUCUGGCAUGCAUAUCAUUAUGGGAAUCAUGCAACUCCCACAAGUACGUUUGUACUGGUCAAAAUGCUGUGAUAUGCCAAUGAUCACGAAAAAUAUGACCAGAGACAGAUUUUUUGAGUUGCGGAAUACUUUGCAUUUUGUUGACAAAUCUUUUAUUAAUGAUGAACAAAAGAAAGAUAAAUUACACCUAGUUAGACCUAUUAUCAAUUGUUUCCGGGAUUGCUGUUUAACAUUACCUCGCACAAAAUGCUUGUCCAUUGAUGAGCAGAUGAUCCCCUUUUCGGGCCGUUGUGCAAUGCGACAGUAUGUUCCUUCAAAACCUAAUCCUGUAGGAUUGAAAAAUUUUGUCCUCGCUGCACAGGAUGGGUUAGUUUUAGAUUUUCUAAUCUAUACCGGCGCUGAUACAGUAUCAACAAAUGAUAAGACAUCCUAUGGUUUAGGAGGAGCCGUUGUAAAACAUUUAGUUGCUACUGUGCCAACAACAUCAGUUACCCAUCUAUUUACUGACAGAUAUUUCACUGGUAUACCAAUUCUGGAUUAUCUUCGUAUUAGAAAUAUAUCUUUGACAGGUACAAUAAUGCGAAAUCGAACCGAUGGUGCUGCAGAUAAUUUUCCACAAGAUCGAGACAUGGAAAGAGGGUCGUCUACUUUCCGAACUCGUGCAGAUGGGAAGGCCUGUCUGGUAAAAUGGAAGGACAAUAAAUCAGUACUGAUGUUGUCGAAUGCAUUUGGUAUCAGUCCGGAAGGGACUUGUAAAAGAUGGUGCAAAGAAGAAAAUAAAAAAAUAGAUGUCCAGCAACCUGCUGUUGUAAAAGCUUAUAACACGUAUAUGGGCGGAGUAGAUCUGAUGGACAGAUAUAUCGCUUACUAUCGAAUUUCAACGCGAACCAAGAAAUGGACAAUGCGUGUUUUUGCCCAUUUUCUGGACAUGGCGACAUGUAACUCAUGGAUCCUGUAUACCCGUCACUGCAAACAAAGCCAGGUAAGAAGAAAAGACUAUUUGCAAUUGCUACAGUUUAAACUUGCAAUCGCAGAAAGUUUAGUUAACAAAGAAAUUUCAAAGGAAGAAUGCAAUUCAGACAGAAAAAUUGCGCAAAAAGUGGUUCCUCUUCCUGGAACUGAUGUAAGAUAUGACAAAGUAGGGCACUUUCCAGAGCAUGUUAAACUGCAAAAUCAGAUGAAAUGCCGAAACCCAGGCUGUAAAGGUAAAUCAAGAAAAAAUUCUCGAGCUGAAAUUCAUCGCCAAUUGAUGGAAGCGUACGGUACCAGUGUUAUGUCACGAAAACAGGUAUGGUUUUGGUGCAGAGAAUGUAACAAAGACAGAACAGAUGUGAGAGAUGAGGAAAGAUCAGGCCGACCAAGCACGUCCACCUCAUAUGACAAUGUUUGCCGUGCUGAAGCUUUGAUUCAAGAUGAUCGUUGCAUUAAUCUGCAUCAAAUUGCGGUCGGGCACGCAUACGGCCACAACUACACGCGAUUUGUUAGAGCGUAUUUGGUGGCAGAUCUUGGACCAACCUCCUUACAGUCCCGACCUCGCACCAAGUGA